AUGGUUGAUGGAAAAGCAGAUGGACGGGCGAUGGUGGAUGGAUGGGCGAAGGACGAUGAUUGUUCAAGAGGAAAUUACCAGAGAGAUGCACCGGAGAGGACUCAAGAUGGGAGAGUGCUUGGGGAGAGAAAAAGAGAGAGAGAGAAAGAGAAGAAAGAGGAGUGUAACUACUCGAUGAUCGUGCUAGAAACAGAGACGUGGGCAGAAAGAAAAAGCUAUCGCAUCACUCACCACCUGGUGGCCUGCCCAAUGCAUGGAAAACAGAGCAGAGAAAAUCGGUGGAACGGGGUCGGCUCCCUUCAGCUGGAGCCGUCAGAGCUGGACGACGAGAGAGACGAGAACACAGCAGAGCACUGGAAUUGGACACUGAGACGGGUCGCGAGGAGAGGAGAGUGUGAGCGUGGAUGGGGGGCAGGGAUCGAAGACCAUGAAGACUUAAAAAGAACGAGGAGACCAGGAACUUUUUUGGCGAUGCCUCAGAUUUACGGGUCUUCCACCACCGAGACUUCCCGCAGCCACUCAAAAACAACUCUGGCCACUUUUCCCUGGUUAAUCCAAGCAAUCCGGUUUGGAAGGGGAGUGGGAGGGAAGUGGUACUUGGACGGUACUCGCUUCUCCCGCCCAGUCUACGCCCGCCUGCGUGGUACCGAACAGGUACCAUUUCCAAAAAACCCCCCUCCCCGGCCGAUAGACUCCGGGGGGGAGCAGAGGGGUGCCAGCCAAUCAGAGUGCCUGGAGCGCCGUUUAGGGUUUGAAUUGGCGGCUGUGAUUGGCUGGAUCUGA